AGCCUUGGCAACACUUCCUCAUUACGUUUCUCACUGCGCAGGAAGAAGGGAGUAUAGAGACAGUUUCUCUGAUUUAACACCGGUAACUUUUCCACACUAAAACACAGAAAUGGAAGAUGAAAUCGCCGCCCUGGUCGUUGACAACGGCUCCGGUAUGUGCAAGGCCGGUUUCGCAGGAGAUGAUGCUCCUCGGGCUGUGUUCCCCUCCAUCGUGGGUCGCCCCAGACAUCAGGGAGUGAUGGUUGGGAUGGGCCAGAAGGACAGCUACGUGGGAGAUGAGGCUCAGAGCAAGAGGGGCAUUCUGACUCUGAAGUACCCCAUCGAGCACGGCAUCGUCACCAACUGGGACGACAUGGAGAAGAUCUGGCAUCACACUUUCUACAACGAGCUGAGAGUGGCUCCAGAGGAGCACCCAGUCCUGCUCACCGAGGCCCCCCUCAACCCCAAAGCCAACAGGGAGAAGAUGACCCAGGUAAUGUCCCCCUCUGCCCUCUCCUCCUCCUCUCCUCCUCUCCUCCUCCUUUACUGUUCAGUUCUGCCCUCUCCUCCUCACUCUCCUCCUCUCCUCCUUUACUGUUCAGUUCUGCCCUCCUCUCCUCCUCACUCUCCUCCUCACUCUCCUCCUCACUCUCCUCCUCACUCUCCUCCUCACUCUCCUCCUCACUCUCCUCCUCACUCUCCUCCUCACUCUCCUCCUCACUCUCCUCCACCUUUACUGUUCAGUUCUGCCCUCCUCUCCUCCUCUCCUCCACCUUUACUGUUCAGUUCUGCCCUCCUCUCCUCCACCUUUACUGUUCAGUUCUUCCCUCCUCUCCUCCUCACUCUCCUCCACCUUUACUGUUCAGUUCUUCCCUCCUCUCCUCCUCACUCUCCUCCACCUUUACUGUUCAGUUCUGCCCUUCCUCCACUGUUCAGUUCUGCCCUCCUCUCCUCCACCUUUACUGUUCAGUUCUGCCCUCCUCUCCUCCACCUUUACUGUUCAGUUCUGCCCUCUCUCCUCCACUGUUCAGUUCUGCUCUCCUCUCCUCCAGGCCCUCUGUCCUUACAGCUGAUCUGUCAACUCUGGAAGCUCCAGGUCUCCUGUCGGUCUGUUCUGCCUCUCUGCACCCUGCUGACUGCUAGACUGACUAGAUUAACAUGUAUCUGUUCUGCCUCUCUGCACCCUGCUGACUGCUAGACUGACUAGAUUAACAUGUUGGGCCGACUGGCCUGUAGGGCCGUGCUGUGAAUGAGCUACUCUAGUGGUUUAUAUUGGGCUGCCUGGCCUGUAGGGCCGUGCUGUGAAUGAGCUACUCUAGUGGUUUAUAUUGGGCUGCCUGGCCUGUAGGGCCGUGCUGUGAAUGAGCUACUCUAGUGGCCUGUAGGGCCGUGCUGUGAAUGAGCUACUCUAGUGGCCUGUAGGGCCGUGCUGUGAAUGAGCUACUCUAGUGGCCUGUAGAGCCGUGCUGUGAAUGAGCUACUCUAGUGGCCUGUAGAGCCGUGCUGUGAAUGAGCUACUCUAGUGGUUUAUAUUGGGCUGCCUGGCCUGUAGGGCCGUGCUGUGAAUGAGCUACUCUAGUGGCCUGUAGGGCCGUGCUGUGAAUGAGCUACUCUAGUGGCCUGUAGGGCCGUGCUGUGAAUGAGCUACUCUAGUGGCCUGUAGGGCCGUGCUGUGAAUGAGCUACUCUAGUGGCCUGUAGAGCCGUGCUGUGAAUGAGCUACUCUAGUGGCCUGUAGAGCCGUGCUGUGAAUGAGCUACUCUAGUGGCCUGUAGAGCCGUGCUGUGAAUGAGCUACUCUAGUGGCCUGUAGAGCCGUGCUGUGAAUGAGCUACUCUAGUGGCCUGUAGAGCCGUGCUGUGAAUGAGCUACUCUAGUGGCCUGUAGAGCCGUGCUGUGAAUGAGGUACUCUAGUGGCCUGUAGAGCCGUGCUGUGAAUGAGCUACUCUAGUGGCCUGUAGGGCCGUGCUGUGAAUGAGCUACUCUAGUGGCCUGUAGGGCCGUGCUGUGAAUGAGCUACUCUAGUGGCCUGUAGAGCCGUGCUGUGAAUGAGCUACUCUAGUGGCCUGUAGGGCCGUGCUGUGAAUGAGCUACUCUAGUGGCCUGUAGGGCCGUGCUGUGAAUGAGCUACUCUAGUGGCCUGUAGAGCCGUGCUGUGAAUGAGCUACUCUAGUGGCCUGUAGGGCCGUGCUGUGAAUGAGCUACUCUAGUGGUUUAUAUUGGGCUGCCUGGCCUGUAGGGCCGUGCUGUGAAUGAGCUACUCUAGUGGUUUAUAUUGGGCUGCCUGGCCUGUAGAGCCGUGCUGUGAAUGAGCUACUCUAGUGGCCUGUAGGGCCGUGCUGUGAAUGAGCUACUCUAGUGGCCUGUAGGGCCGUGCUGUGAAUGAGCUACUCUAGUGGCCUGUAGAGCCGUGCUGUGAAUGAGCUACUCUAGUGGUUUAUAUUGGGCCGCCUGGCCUGUAGGGCCGUGCUGUGAAUGAGCUACUCUAGUGGCCUGUAGGGCCGUGCUCUGAAUGAGCUACUCUAGUAGUUUAUAUACCUUAUAUCAUGUAGAAAUGGCUGCUGUGUUUCUUCACUAAUGUCCGUUUCCCUCUGACUCACUGGACAGCAUGUUCUACUGGGUGCUGUGACUCCUGUCUCUACUGUAGUCCUCCAGCACCGUGACUCAUCCCUCUCUACUGUGGUUUUAUAGCACCUUGACACUCAUCCCUCUCUACUGUGGUCCUCCAGCACUGUGACUCAUCCCUCUCUACUGUAGUCCUCCAGCACCGUGACUCAUCCCUCUCUACUGUGGUUUUAUAGCACCGUGACUCAUCCCUCUCUACUGUAGUCCUCCAGCACCGUGACUCAUCCCUCUCUACUGUAGUCCUCCAGCACCGUGACUCAUCCCUCUCUACUGUAGUCCUCCAGCACCGUGACUCAUCCCUCUCUACUGUGGUUUUAUAGCACCUUAACACUCAUCCCUCUCUACUGUAGUCCUCCAGCACCGUGACUCAUCCCUCUCUACUGCAGUCCUCCAGCACUGUGACUCAUCCCUCUACUGUAGUCCUCCAGCACCGUGACUCAUCCCUCUCUGCUGUAGUCCUCCAGCACUGUGACUCAUCCCUCUCUACUGUGGUCCUCCAGCACCGUGACUCAUCCCUCUCCUCUCUCGUCUCCAGCACCGUGACUCAUCCCUCUCCUCUCUCGUCUCCAGAUCCGUGACUCAUCCCUCUCUGCUGUGGUCCUCCAGCACUGUGACUCAUCCCUCUCUGCUGUAGUCCUC